GGGGAACAAAACCCCACAUGGACCUCAAAACUUGCCUUCACGAAUUCGAUUGUGUUAUUCGACGGUAAUUCUCAUAAAAAGCAAGAUUAGACGGCCAGGGAUGGCACUUUGUCCACGGACACCCAUUUUUCUUCUCAAAACGAGAUCAACCCCGCACGACGGCUAUGAUGAGUUCUUCUCCACGCACGGCUACCACCCCGCCUUCAUCCCUGUGCUCGAGCACAAGUUCAACGAGACGAACCUCGAACGCGUCAGGGAGCUCUUCACAUCUGGGAGUCUGAUCGAGGGACCGAACAGAAAGUACGGCGGGCUGAUCUUCACGAGUCAGCGAGCCGUCGAGGGGUUUGCACGAUUACUCAAUACGAUAGAUGAAUCAAUUACACGUCCGGCAUCAUUGAAUUUCCCCCUCUACACCGUCGGCCCCGCUACGUCUCGCUCCCUCCACACCCUCCGCGACACACACCUCCCCCAUGCCGAGAUCUACGGGUCUGAUGCCGGGAACGGCGAGACCCUCGCCAAGAUGAUCCUAGAACACUAUAUCAAGAUGCACCUGGAGAGUCCUGGCACGAAGGAAAAACCGCCCCUUCUCUUCCUCGUCGGCGAGCAGCGCCGCGACAUCAUCCCUAGAACACUCAUGAGCGAAACGUUACCACCCUCGCAACGGAUUGUCGUGGAUGAACUGCCCAUCUACGAGACGGGGGUGAUGCAAUCUUUUGAAACAGACUUUGCUUCGGCCGUCACGGAGGCGAAGAGAGAUCUAGAUCGGAGCGGAGAUGUCUCUAGAGCCGCUUGGGUGGUUGUCUUUUCGCCUACGGGAUGCGAUGCGAUGCUAAGAGUGUUGGGUUUAGACGGGGGAAGAGAAAGGGAAGGAGGAGAACCCUUUCAAUCCGUGUCUUCUGGACGAAGGAUCUUCGUUGCGACGAUCGGGCCGACCACCAGAGACCAUCUGAGGGAUCGCUAUGCGUUUGAGGUCGAUGUGUGUGCAGAGAAACCGAGCCCGGAGGGGCUGGGGAAAGGGAUUGAAGAGUUUAUGCAUCGGUACAGACAUACAAAUACAUCAUGAGACGAAGUUAUACAUAUUAGUUCGUAUUUGGAGAAGACAUGACAAACUACAAAUUAGAUGACUACAGCUGGACCAUAUACCAAAUACGAUAGGUAAACGCUCGUGCAUGUUAUGAUUUUCAUUUCCCUCCAGUCAGAUAUGUAGACAACACCUGAUCGUUCGUCAGUGACACCAGCUGCUGCUUUCGCGGUGAGCCUCUCCCCACCUCCUUCUUGGAAGAAUGGCCGACAUGGUCUUGGGGGGUUCGUAAGGAUGGAUGGACUUUGUACAAGGGAUUUCGUCAGGUGGUGUUCACGGCCUGCCAUCUGCCCGCGUCUGACGGCAGUAUUAUGAAAUUUCCAUAUCCCAGCCGGAUUCAAAGAAGAAGAAAACAAAAAAAAAAAAAAAAA